UGUGUUCUUGACACUGUUAAUGUUUCGACGAAGCCGACCGGACCCUGUUGGCCCUCAGCACAUCUGGCGAGAUCGACGAAUAUCGUGUUGUGUCUGUAGACGAAAACGGUGUACAGUUCGAACAUAAACUCCCCUACGUAGAUAGGAAUGAGAAACUCAAAGCCGAUAAUAAGUCGCUGAUUACAACAAAUGACUCUCUUAAGUGUGAGAUGUACGAUGUUAAGGAGAGGCUGCGGCAGAUCGAGGAGAGGCAGCGGGAGACGGACGACGCCGUCCUUCGAUGGGAAAUAGCUACAAAAGUGGCGGAAGCUUUUGGUUACCUGCUUUUAGAUGAAGGCAGUGCCGUCUCCAAAACCUCAAAAGCAGAAAUGGCUAGGUACAACAUUGAUAAUAUGACAGAGCUUCGCUCCCUGAGCCAACAACAUCGCAUACGCCCCAAUACGCGCACUCCUCAAACUACUGCUGCUUCAAAAAUAUACAAUUCUAUCCCGCUUUGCUACCGCCAAAUCCUUGAUUACAUUUUAGGGCGGCUAUAA